AUGGAAGAGAAUUUAGUUAAUGAUGUGAUAGUUUUGUAUAAGGACAAGAAAUGGAGAGACAUAGUAGAAAAGUAUCAUGAUCACCCGGAAAGAAAUAAAUUGCUCUGGGUGUACCCGUCUGAGAACAAUUUCCGGUUUAUCAAGGAGUGUUUGCAGCAGCUCGGCUGUGACAAGAUCAUGAGUGUCGGGUGCGGCAGCGGACUGCUGGAGUGGAUGAUUACACAAGCUACAGGCGUUCCUGUAUCGGGGGUUGAAGUGGACGGCGCCUGGUGGCACUGCAAAUAUGCUCCCCCAACAUUUAUACCGCUCAUGAUGACCACUUCAAAAUUAGAAGAUGACCUCAUCUCUAUUCUACGAGCUUCGAAUACGACCGCUCUAUUGUUCUGCUACUUCAACAACAGAGAUGCUUUCGAGGACUAUUUAAAGUACUAUUCAGGCAAAGUUCUUAUUAUCAUCGGUCCAAAAGGCAAAGGAGUCCAUACAGACCCAAAACCGUUUGGCGACCUUAACGAUACUUGGAAACUAUGGAAAAGUCAAGAAGUCAGAAGUAGCAUGGACUAUAUUGCAGUAUAUCUAAAAAAUAUUUAUAAUUUCUAA